GUGCCGAUUGGACGUGCAGUAGAGGCCCGGCCGCCCUCGGACGGCCAGCAGGUGCGGUACUUGUAGGGAUUUAAGAACUAAGUGGUGUCAGACUGGUGGGUAGUCCGUUUUGUUUGUCGUUAUCAUUGGCAGACGAUUUGGGGUAUAAAUUGGCAAUGAAAUCUUAACUGGGUUGCCCUUCAAUGCCGGAAACUGAGCGGUUUUAGUGCCAUUUGAUUGAUUAGUUUUUGCUGGUCUGUAAAAAAAUUGAGAAUUUGUGAUUUGUUUUGCCAGGAAUGUUUGGAUUAUCACUAUGAUUGAUGUGGGUAUGGUGAUUUUAGCAGAGGCUCUAUCUUAUUGGAUUAGGAAUCAUAGCAUAUGCUUCGGUUUUGGUUUUUUGUUUUUGUUAUUUUGUCCUUUUUUUGCUUGAGCUUUGUUUAAGGUGUGCAUGGAGUCAAGUUGAGGCUUGUUAUGAUUUUUAAGGUGGGUUUGAAAGUGGGUUUGGACCGACCAAUUCGGAAUGUGACAGUCAAGCUUCCCAACUUCCCCAUAUUCACUGGAUUGUAGUGCUUUUUCUGGUUUUUUUCUGUGUUUUGAUCUGUGGUGAAGCUUUUUUGAUUUGCAAUGGUGGGUCAUGACGUGGAGAGAAGGCCCGAUUGGGUGAAGGGAGGAGAGUGCAUGGAGAGUGUGGGAAAUGAUAGUUUCAGCAGCAAGAUUGUGGUGAAUAUGGAGAAGUUGCAAUCUCAAUCCCAAUCUCAGGAUCCUGAGGAAUCAGAGAUGGGGGAGACUGAGUCUGAGGUGGUGAGGGAGAAUUCUGUGGUGGUUUCCAAGUCCAGGAGCUCUGCAGAUGCAGGGGAUUCUGAGCUUGGUUUCGAGGCAGGGGAUUCUAUGGUGGUGUCUAACUCCAGCAGGCAUGGGAGCAAGAAUAACAGCAGCAGAGAUGGCCAUGUUUGUAGAUUUUGCAGUAGAGUUUUUAGCUCAGGGAGGGCUCUGGGUGGGCAUGUUAGAGUCCAUGGGGCUGGUAGGUCUAAUGGGCAAUCUUCUAGCAGUGUGUAUGGGCAAUCCUCUAGGGGCGAUUAUUCAUCAACUGAUAUCUGGGUGAAGGAAUCCAAGGUACCCACAGGUAGAUCUUAUGGGAAUUCCAACUGGGACAGAGUUGGUAGUAUCGAAGAAGGGGAUGAUGCAGAGGAAGAGGAGGAAGAACAUAAGGUAGUGAAAGAUAAGAAUAUGGAUUUUGGGAAGGAGGAAUUGGGUGAUCACAACAAGAUGGUGCCUCUGUAUACGCUUAGAAAGAAUCCCAAGCGGAGUAGGAGGCUAACAGAUUUGGAGUUCGGUAUGGAUUUGAGCACCAAGAACAGCACAGCCGGUUAUGAAUGUGGGAAGGAGUUUCGGUCAUCCAAAGCACUUUUUAGUCAUAUUGAAUGUCAUCCUGAAAGGGUCUGGAAGGGAAUUCAGCCUCCAGAUGAUAGUUUCUAUGCUAGUGAUGAUGAUAAUCAGGAAAAUGCUAAUGGCGGUGCUAGUAUUGUUGCUGCUCUCAGCCCUGGUCUUUCUCCAUCCUGCUGGCAGAGCUCUCAGGGAUCAGAAGAUCUGGACAAUAAAGAGGAAGAAGAUGCCGCAGGUUCAGAUAAUGAGGGUGAUAGAGUGGGCAUGGAGGGAGGGAAAACAGCUAAUGAGCCAGUUUCCUGCAGCUUCCUCACCUGGUCUGUGACUUCAAAAAGAGGUAGGAGAGUGCCAAAUAGGUCUAGACCUUUACAGGAGGAUUAUGCUGAAGAAGAAGAAACAGAGGUGGACAAUAUCAAAGAGCUUGAGGAUGAUACAGACACUGCCCAUUUCCUUGUUAUGCUUGCAUCUAGUGCCAGUAUUACCAAUAAGAUUAAUAAGGCCAAUAGACCUGUUGAGAGACAGAUGACAAAAGAAUCAGUUCAUCGUGCCAAGACGAGGAAGGGUGAAUCACAGGGAAGUAGUGAGGAUUUGGAACCAGGACAGGAGGACAAGAGGACUGAUAAAACCAGUAGACCAGCUGAAUUAGGUGCAGACAAAUAUAAGUGUCGCACAUGCAAGAAGCUCUUCAAUUCUCAUCAAGCUCUGGGAGGCCACAGAGCAAGUCAUAGGAACAUUAAAUGUUGUACUGCAAUAACUAAUGGUGUGGAGCGGGAGAUGGCAGAGGAGGAUAUGGGUAUAACUGAAGUAGGUAGCAGUGUAUUGAUGACAGAGUAUCAUCCAGCAGGUAUGAAUGAUAUGGAUUCUUCACCUGCAAGAGAGGAGAAGGAAAAGAAAGCUAAUCACAGUCACUCUCAACAGGCAAUACCAAUGAAGAAGAGCAAGGGGCAUGAAUGUUGUGUCUGUAACAAAGUCUUUCCUACAGGUCAAGCUCUUGGUGGGCACAAGAGAUGUCAUUGGAUUGUUGACAGACUAGAGACAGCAACCAGUGUGAUCUCAAACAAGAAGCAAGCAAAGCAAGGCCAUAUGAGGACUGCCCCAAAGCCAGUCUUUGAUCUGAACCAGCCAGCACCAAUGGAGGAGGAAGAUCUGGAAGCAUCUAAUGGCAUAAUAGAAGUAGUUCCUGCAUCUGAUGAGAGUGUGAAUGAUAAAGUGAAGAUGGUUGAUGAUAUUGUCUCAAAUGCAGGGUUCAGGUAUGUUUGUAUGCUGUAACAUAUGUGGCUACUUGUUCACAUCUAUGAAUUGCUUGAAAACACACCAGAUUGCCCUGCCUUCACUCCCACUUUGGGUAAUAACCAGGUGGAGAUACAAUCGUUCAGAACGAAUUUGUUCUAUACAGAAUCUCUUGUAAGGAUUGUUGGCACGUAUUUCUUUUUGUUAGUUCUUAACAGUACUUUACUUGAAGAUUUGAAGACUUCUAGCCAAGAUUAAGAAUUUCUGGUUCUUUUUUCAUCAGCAAAACAUUUCUUGAUAUAACAGAAUUUGUAAACAGAAGAAAGACUGCUACUCUCAAUGAGAACACCACUGAAUUUUUACUGGAAA